AUGCAGCCCAUCACCCAGCUCAUCCCCAUUCUUCUCCGCCCCCUGGGUCUCGCCCGGCACCCGGCUAUCAUCUGGGCGUGCGUAAUGUGGUCUGUCACCUACGGUUGGGUCAUCAUCCAGGGUGCCGUGGCCGACCAGAUCUUUAGGCCCCCCUCAAAUAAUCUGUCCACAACAUCUGUAGGUCUCCUCAUCGGCAUUGCCCCUCCGGUUGGAUCUGCUAUCGGGACCAUUCUGGGUGGUUGGAUGUGCGAUUGGGUGGCGCAGCUUAUGGCCAAACGAAAUGGCGGUGUCUAUGAGCCUGAGUUCCGACUGGUAGUGUUCGUACCUACCCUGAUCACCAUUAUUAUUGGCUCAUUCGGCCUGGGCAUGGUCAUUGCAGGUUCCUUAUCUAUCUGGGCCUGUGCCGUCUUCCUGGGGAUCCUGAACUUUGGAGUUGGUGUAGGCUGUACUGGCAUUGUUGCGUACUCAAACGAUGUUUGCCAGCAUAGAGCUGCGGAUGCCUUUGGCGUUACCAUGCUUGUCAAGAGCGCCUUGCUUUUGGUCUCACUUUUAUGUUGA